AUGGACGUGGUGGACGUGGGCGACGACGGAAACUCUGAGUCGUUUGAUCAGACGGAUGAUGUCCAGGUGCCGCUCGCACAAGUGGUAGAUAUUGACACGAAAUCCGGGCCAAUCCAGGACGAAGCGCUUCUGCGUAAGACGUUCUGCAUAAGCGACGAUCUGAUACCUCUUCGUACAGUGUAG